UAACUUACCAAACGUUGUGGCCUUUUUCCUAUGCUAGGGGAAGAGGGAACCUUUGGGAAAGGUAAUACAAUUUAGAGUUUAGAUUAUUUCUUUACUGCUUUGAAGUAGUAAGAUUUUUUUCUGUUAACUUCAGUACCUCAUCUCAACUCUGUAAUGUGUGGCUGUAGGCUGCUAGGUUAUUUUAUCUGCAUUCUUUGGUGUGAUGUCACAGAUGGAAGUUCCAUCCAUUGUUCAGAAUUCAUCUGCUGCGCCCCCCCCCCCGCUACUUACUUGGUUCAGUGAGGAGGUUCAGUUGCCUGGCAGCUGCUAAUAUUGGAGAAACUUGUGCUGAAAGUGGGAAAAAAGAGGUUGCAAAGAUGGCAACUGAUCAACCUGAAGGCGGAGUUGAAGAGUAUAAAGUAAAGAUGGAAACUGAUGAAUCUGAAGGCAGCGAUGAAGAGUACAUAAGGCCCAAGUGGGAUAGUAAAUUGCAGUACCUUUUAAGCUGUGCUGGAUUUGUUGUGGGUCUUGGAAAUGUGUGGCGUUUUCCAUACUUGUGCCAAACUUAUGGAGGAGGGGUAUUCCUGAUUCCAUACCUCAUCGCGUUUGUGUUGGGAGCCAUCCCUGUAUUUUUUCUUGAAUUAGCUAUCGGGCAAUGCUUGAAAAAAGGCUGCAUUCGACUCUGGUGGCACAUCUCUCCUUACCUGGGAGGACUGGGUUACACUUCUCUGAUAUUGUCCUUCCUAGUGAUUCUCUAUUACAAUAUGCUUUUAUCCUUGGUGUUAUGGUAUCUUAUAAAUUCUUUCCGAAACCCGUUACCUUGGAGUUCCUGCCCAACAGAUACCAGCAAACCAGAACUUAUUGAAGAAUGUCACAAAAGCACACCUACCAAUUAUUUCUGGUAUAGGUACACUUUAAACAUAAGCACGGAUAUUGGAAACAGUGGCCCGCUUCAGUGGUGGCUUGUUUUAUGUUUGGCAGCCUGCUGGUUACUUGUGUUCAUUUGUACAGUACGAGGAAUUGAAUCGACUGGAAAGGCAAUAUAUUUUACAGCCACAUUUCCUUACCUAAUUCUAACAUUAUUCCUAAUUUAUGGACUGACUCUCCCAGGAGCCGUUCACGGAUUACUCUACUUCAUGACUCCUAAUCUCAGGAAACUCAACAAUCCACGUGCCUGGCUUGAUGCAGCCACCCAGAUUUUUUCCUCUCUUUCUUUAGGAUUUGGGGGACACAUAGCAUAUGCAAGCUACAACCCGUCAAGAAAUGACUGUGAAAUGGAUGCUGUCAUGAUAGCAGCAAUAAACUCUUUGACUUCUUUGUUUGCAUCAAUCCCAAUUUUUUCAAUUCUGGGGUUCAAAGCAACAGUGGCCUAUGAAGAAUGCUUGGAAAGAAAUGUUAAAUACAUCACCAAGGCAUUCAGGAACGAAAGCAUCACUGUAGACAGCAGCGCAUUUUGGCUCAGUUACUUGAACGGAACGGAUAUCAAUAAACUGGCAUCUCUCAAACUGGCAAAUUGUGAUCGCCAGAAAUUCCUUGAUCAGAGUGUUUCUGGAACCGGCUUGGCCUUUAUUCUGUUCACUGAAAUCGUCCUUAAGAUGCCUGGAUCGAACACUUGGGCGAUUCUGUUUUUUCUCAUGCUGUUCAGUCUUGGUAUAUCUUCCAUGUUUGGAUUUGUUCAAAGUAUCUUGACGCCUCUCACAGAAUCUCGCAUUGUGUCUAGAUACAUACGCAAGGAGGCAGUUUGUGGUUUAAUAUGCCUUACUGCCUUUCUGCUGGGCCUGGUUUUUACUCUGAGAUCAGGAAACUACUGGCUUGAGAUGUUUGAUGCCUUUGCGGCGACCAUGCCUUUGCUCAUCAUUGCUUUCUUUGAAGUGAUCGGUGUUGUAUAUAUUUAUGGAAUGAAAAGAUUCAGUGCAGAUGUGGAAGAGAUGACAGGAAGACCACUAAAAUGCUAUUGGAAGGCAACGUGGCAAUUUUUCUCCCCAGGGAUAAUGUUCCUAAUUUUUGUGUUCUACGUACUUCUUGAGCCGCCUGCAAGCUACAAUACAUGGAACCCAAAUUACGUAAAUUUUCCUGCAAAAGAGUCAAAAAAGUAUCCUCCCUGGGCUGUCGUCAUCUCUGAGAUGCUUGAAAAUGUACCAUGUUUGAUGAUCCCUUUCGGAGCCAUUUAUCAACUUUGGAGAAUUGUGUUGAAAAAGAAACUGCUACGAAUAAUACAUCCAGAUACCAGCACCGGUAUCCCUGGUAUCACCAGUAGCACCCGAUCUUAACUUUUGUUUCAGCAAUCUACUCACCCUUGUUUUCCCCAUCCUAUCCUGACCAUUAAAAAACCCCCCACAUGUAUCCUCAAAUUUAAGGUAUUCAAUCAGUAAGAAUGUAGGGAUUUCUACGUAAAACCAUUUUCUAAAUAAAUGCAUCUUUAUAUAUAGCA